AUGUUUCGCGCAGCAGCCCGGGCGCAACCUGCCUCCCUUCUCCGCCGCUCGCUUGUCAACACACAGAUUCCAAAGAUCACUGCCAUGGCUCCUGCUGCUGCGAGACGGCAGCAGUCAUCGCUGCCAGCCGGCUACAAGGAGGACCACAGCAAAGGCGCCAUGCUGCGCUUCGAGGACUCUCUACCGCGCCUGCCUGUCCCUACGCUCGAGGAGACCGCAAAACGAUACCUCAAGUCCGUCCACCCGCUGCUCUCAAAGUCCGAAUAUGAAGAGACAACAAAGGCUGUCAAUGACUUCGUUGCGCCCGGAGGAGCUGGCGAGACACUGCAGAAGCGCUUGGUUGCGCGGAGAGAGGAUCCCAACGUACGGAAUUGGAUCGCUGAGUGGUGGAAUGAGGCAGCAUACAUGGGCUAUCGCGACCCCGUCGUCCCAUAUGUGAGCUACUUCUACUCACAUCGCGAUGACAAGAAGCGAAGAAACCCCGCCAAGCGCGCAGCUGCCAUGUCCACGGCUGUCCUCGAGUUCAAGAAAAUGGUUGACGGCGGGUCGCUGGAGCCAGAGUACAUGAAGAAGCUACCCAUGGCCAUGAGUUCCUAUAAAUACAUGUUCAAUUGCUCGCGCGUACCAAAGAAGCCCGCAGACACUACUGUCAAGCACAACUUCGAGGAUAAUCAGCACAUCAUUGUCAUCCGGAAGAACCAGUUUUGGAAGGUGCCUCACGAGAUCAACGGCAAGCAGCUCAACACCGCCGAGCUCGAGCUCCAAUUCCAGCGCAUCUACGAAAAGGCAGAGAAGUCUGCACCCAUUGGAUUCCUCACAUCUCAGAACCGCGAUGUCUGGUCUGACGUCUACCCCAAGCUCAAGGCCGCGUCGGAUGUGAACGCCACUUCCAUCGAAGCCAUUGAGUCCGCAUCCUUCGUUGUCUGCCUCGAUGAUGCCUCUCCAGUCACCCUCGAAGAGCGCGCGCACCAGUACUGGCAUGGCGACGGCUCGAACCGCUGGUUUGACAAGCCGCUUCAAUUCAUCAUCAACGACAACGGAACCUCAGGCUUUAUGGGCGAGCACUCCAUGAUGGAUGGCACACCAACACACCGUCUCAACGACUACGCCAAUCAGCAAAUCUUUUCCAACGCUCUUCCCUUUGAUGUCACAGAAGUUCGCUCCGACCUCCCCAACCCCACCGCUCUCCGCUUCAACCUGAACUCUGAGCUUGAGCAAGACAUCGUUGCUGCACAAGCGCAUUUCAACAAGCAGAUCAACGCGCACGAGCUCCGCGUUCAGGCUUACCAAGGCUAUGGCAAGGGUUUGAUCAAGAAGUUCAAGUGCAGCCCCGACGCCUACGUACAAAUGAUCAUCCAGCUCGCGUACCACAAGUUCUACGGCAAGAACCGCCCCACAUACGAAUCCGCAGCUACGCGCCGCUUCCAAGAAGGCCGCACCGAGACGUGCCGUACCGUCUCCGACGAGUCCGUCGCCUUCUGCGCCGCGAUGGCCGACCCUAACGCAUCCGCUGAACACACCCAAAAGCUUUUCCGUGAUGCGCUAAACGCCCACGUCAAGUACAUCAGCGAUGCUUCCGACGGACGAGGCGUCGACCGACACCUGUUCGGCCUGAAGAGGUGCCUGAAGGAGGGCGAGGACUUGCCUAGCUUGUACAAGGACCCAGCGUAUGGAUACAGCAGCACUUGGUUCAUCUCAAGCUCGCAGCUGAGCUCGGAGUACUUCAACGGAUACGGAUGGAGCCAGGUCAUCGAUGACGGGUGGGGCAUCGCAUACAUGAUCAACGAAAACAGCAUCCAAUUCAAUGUUUGCUCGAAGGGCUUGGGUUCGGACAAGAUGAGCUUCUACCUCAACGAGGCGGCCGGUGAUAUCAGGGAUCUGAUGGUGCCUACGCUCGAGGCGCCCAAGGCCAAGCUGUAA